AUGGCACAUAUGCAAGCUAACUUUUGUAGUCAUUCUAGCUUUGGUAGCCAUUCUAGAGUCAAUACCAUAGAAGUUGAGGCACCAAUUGACACUGCUCCAGAAAUUGAGGCACCGAUGGACAUUACUCCAGAUGUUGAGGCACCAAUUAACACUACUCCAGAAGUUGAGGUACUGAUGGACACUACUCCAGAAGUUGAGGCACCUGUUCACACUAAUGUUAAGUGCAAAUUAUACAUUGGGCAAGGUGGUGAUGUUGUGGCUCUUGGACAGGUGGUGGCUACCAAAGGCAAUGUACAUGGGAAAAGUUUAGCACCUGGUAACUAUCGCGUGGUUGUUGAUAGAUGUCUAGAUGGGAGUGCAAAACUACCUGUCUCAGUUGGGGAUGAGAUGACUCUUGUGGUUCAUGCGGUCAACAGUUAUGUUGCUUGGCCAUCGCAUCUGAUUAUUACUUAUGAUCAUGAACAGGAACCCAAGAGACUAAAGAGAAAGAGGAUUUCAGCAGCUUGUCCGCCAACACAAGACCUAAAACAUCCUCCACAACAUCUUCCCACUACUCAAGAAGAGGCAGGAUCAAGUAUGGCUAAUAAGUCACCGAUUAUCUUCAAGGUUCCCACUGGACUUCCCAUGUUUUUGAAGAUACUUCUGGGUUCAGUUAAGUACGUAGAACCAAGAUUCAUGAUUGACAUUCUUAUGGAGACCAAUAUUAUGGGCGAACAAUAUACCUUCUAUAUCUCACAUGAGAAUAUAGUACAAUUUGGACUUAUGGAAGAAAUCGGCGCGUCUUGCAUUUCAUUCUAUAUCAAAGAGAUAUCACACUUUUUUGGUUUCAUUGAGCCAUCGUGGUCAUUGAGAAUUGGGACAAAUAUGGAUAAUCAGGCUGAAAUUAUCUCAGAGCGUAUCAAUAACACAACGUCACUGGAUUGUGGUGGAAAGAAUACAUAUACACUUGGCGAAAUUAAUGAAAGUCGAAAUGAAUGGGCAGCCAAGCUUCUUGAGCGGAUGAGUCAUAGCUAG